AUGGGCCAGCUCUCUCAUCCCGGUAGUCACGCCGUCAUCUGGUGCACCUACGGGUUCCUCCUCAUCACCGGGUGCUUUCUCGCCUGGCGCUACGGGUCGAAGUCGCUGUUCCUCAGCAGCAACGGCACCCAGCGGGGCUUGCCCCUUGCCCUUAAUUUCAUCGCCAGUGCCAUGGGGUGUGGUAUAUUGACGACCUACGCCCAGAUCGCCAAUGUCGCCGGGUUGCACGGGUUGUUGGUGUACACGAUUUGCGGGGCCAUCCCCAUUUUAGGGUUCGCCGCUAUCGGCCCGGUGAUUCGCCGGCGGUGUCCCGACGGGUUUGUGUUGACGGAGUGGGUCCGCCACCGCUUCGGCGUGGUCACGGCGUUAUACUUGUCGUUAUUCACCUGUCUCACGAUGUUCCUCUUCAUGUUGGCCGAGCUCUCGGCGCUUAAGGGGGCCAUCGAGACGCUCACGGGGCUCAACGCGUUGCCGAUGGUGAUCAUCGAGUGUGUAGUGACGUCGAUCUACACCGCUUAUGGCGGUUUCAAAGUCAGUUUCAUCACCGACAACUUCCAGGGGGCGUUGGUGAUCAUUUUGAUCAUCAUCUGUGCCUGCGGUAUGGGGUCGUAUAUUAAGAUUGACACUCUGAAAGUGGGCCCUUCGGGCUUGCUUAAGGGUAAUAAGCUUGGGUGGCAGUUGGUGUACAUCUUAUUUGUCGCCAUCUUAACUAAUGACUGUUUUAUGUCCGGGUUCUGGUUGCGUACGUUUGCCCUGAGAUCAAACAAAGAUCUCUGGAUCGGGUGUCUGAUCGCUUCGGUGGUGGUGUUUGUCGUGUGUUCGUUGGUCGGGGUGCCGGGGAUGCUUGCCGUGUGGCUGGGGGACUUGGAAGUGGGCGAUGAAAACGGUUAUAACGCCUUUUUCAUCUUGCUCGAGAAGAUGCCGACGUGGCUUGUGGCGUUCAUCAUCAUCUUCAUCGUCGCCCUCUCGACGAUGACGUUUGACUCGUUGCAGUCGGCGUUUGUCUCCACCAUCUCCAACGAUAUUUUCCGCAACCGGCUCAACAUCUGGUACGUGCGUAUCAUUGUGGUGGUGAUCAUUGUCCCCAUCGUGGUGUUGGCGUUGGUGGUUGCUGACGACAUUCUCAAGAUCUACUUGAUUGCCGAUCUCGUCAGUGCCUCCGUCAUUCCCCUGGUAUUCUUAGGGCUUAGCGACAGGUACUUCUACAUGUUGAAUGGUUUCGACGUCAUGUUCGGCGGGCUUGGUGCCAUUUUCUUUGUGUGGGUCUAUGGUCUCUGCUACUACCACCUGGCCAGCGAAGGGGGUAAGCUUUUGUUGAUGUGGAACGGUCUCUACAACUCGGAAGAUUGGGGUCCCUUUGGCGCCUUCGCCAUUGCCCCCGUCGGUGGCGUGAUCUUGACGAUCUUUAGUUGUUCAGUGAGAUGUGCCAUCGCCUGGAUCCAGUCUCGUGUCACUGAUAAACCAUUCACUUUCCUCGAACGGCCUGAACCUAAGGAACCGGAAUCGUCUCUGGAAUCCUACGGUCUGAUUGAUGAUGAAGAACACGUUUCGUUCCAAAAUGACGUUAUUUCGACCAAGAGCAAGUCUUAG